AUGGAGAACAAAAACCUCACGUUGACUAGUAAAACUGAUGCUCCGCCACUUUUGGGCGGUGGUCAGGAGGCCAGGUAUAACCAAUCCAAUAUCAAGCGCUCUGACUUUCCCAAGGAUUUUAUCUUCGGUGGUGCAACGUCGGCAUAUCAGGUUGAAGGUGGUUGGGCCCAAGAUGGUAAAGGCAUGAGUAAUUGGGAUUAUUUCACACAGAUGCAACCUGCUAAAAUUGCAGAUGGUAGCAAUGGGUGUGUAGCUAUUGACCAAUAUAAUAAGUUCAAGGAGGAUGUGGCGUUGAUGAAGAAAGUGGGUAUGGAUUCUUACCGAUUUUCAAUUGCAUGGGCUAGAAUCCUGCCAGGUGGAAAAUUAUGUUACGGGGUGAACAGGGAAGGAAUUAAGUACUACAAUGAUCUUAUAGACGCACUCCUAGAAGAAGGAAUCAUUCCAUAUGCAACUAUCUUCCAUUGGGAUAUUCCUCAAAGCUUGGAUCAAGAAUAUGGUGGCUUCUUAAGCCCUGAAAUUGUAAAAGAUUUUAGUAAUUUUGCUGAGGUUUGCUUCUGGGAAUUCGGUGAUCGAGUGAAAUACUGGACAACACUGAACGAGCCAUGGGCUUUCUGUCUACAAGGAUAUGCGUUCGGCUCUUUUCCCCCAGCAGCUGUUGAUAUAUACAGGCAGAAAUUUCAGGCUCAUCAAGGAGGCCAGAUAGGGAUCACAAAUGUCUCAUGUUGGUAUGAGCCUCUUACUGACACUCAAGCAGACAGAGACGCUGCUUCAAGGGCUCUCGAUUUUAUGCUAGGAUGGUUUUUAGCACCUAUAGUAACUGGUGAAUAUCCACAAAGUAUGAGAAAAAUGGUGGGAAGUCGUCUUCCCCAAUUUACACGAGAAGAGAUGAAGUUGGUAAAAGGAUCCUACGACUUUUUAGGCAUAAAUCAUUAUACGACUAAUUAUGUCAGCAACGAACCUUCAAAUCCUGGUACUCCACCAAAUUAUAGUACAGAUACCCAGUGUAGAUAUUCAAGUAACCAAGGUGCAAAUGUAAAAGGUUACUUCAUAUGGUCAAUGUUCGACAAUUUUGAAUUGGCUGCGGGAUACACUUCUAGAUUUGGCAUUAUCUAUGUAGACUACAAAAAUGGCCUUUAUACAAGAUAUCCGAAAAACUCAGCUAUAUGGUGGAUGAAUUUUCUUGAUAAGAAGACUACAAUUUCAUUGAAGAGACAAGCACAAGAAAAUGAUGAGGGGUCUGGCUCUGUGAAAAAGGCUAGGAAGCAUUGA